AUGAACAGAAAGGGUCAGAUGAACAACAUGAACAGAAUGGAUAACAAAAUGGGUCGGAUGGACAAGAUAAACAAAAUGGAAAGGAUGAACAAGAUAAACAGAAUGGGUAGGAUGAACAAGAUAAACAAAAUGGGUAGGAUGAACAAGAUAAACAAAAUGGGAAGGAUGAACAAGAUAAACAGAAUGGGUAGGAUGAACAAGAUAAACAAAAUGGGUAGGAUGAACAAGAUAAACAGAAUGGGUAGGAUGAACAAGAUGAACAUAGGUCAGUUGCAGAAGGUGAACAGAAUGGUUUGA